CGUGAGUAACCGCUGCCGGCCCGGCGGGGUUUGGCUGCCGCGCCCUGGGCGGAAGAGGCGCCCGGCGUCACUUCCGCUCUCCAUUUCGCGCCGCGCCUGGCUGCAGCGCCCGCGCCGCCGCCGCCAUGACGGACCGGUACACCAUCCACAGCCAGCUGGAGCACCUGCAGUCCAAGUACAUCGGGACGGGCCACGCCGACACCACCAAGUGGGAGUGGCUGGUGAACCAGCACCGGGACUCGUACUGCUCCUACAUGGGCCACUUCGACCUGCUCAACUACUUCGCCAUCGCCGAGAACGAGAGCAAGGCGCGCGUCCGCUUCAACCUCAUGGAGAAGAUGCUGCAGCCCUGCGGGCCGCCCGCCGACAAGCCCGACGAGUCCUAGCCCGGCCCGGCAGGCCCCGGCCCCGGGCGGCGUGCUGUGGGGGCGGGGUGGCCGCAGCGGGCGGCGGUGGCGCAGAGGCCCCCUGCGUGCGCGGCGCGGUGGCGGCCCGGCCCGGCCCGGCUGUGCUGCGCUGGGCCGCCUGCCCGCAUGCCGCCCGAGCCCGGCCCCGCGGGGCAGCGCUGCGCCCACGGCGGGUCCGAGGAGCUGCCUUUGGGCACAGCCAGCGUGGGCGUCUGCGGGCCGCUGCCCUCGGGGUCCCACCGCGUUCGAAGGACUCUGUGACGGGGAGAAGCCUUGUAAAAUGCCCGCUUCUGGACAGCGUCGUCUCUCUCCACUGUGUAGCGGCUCGGAUUUUUAAAAUGGAAAAUAAUAAAACUUACUGGGCAUUUCUAAUGUUUUUGUGCGGUAAUCUGCCAAUAAGAGCUCUUUGUUCUGAAAGGAGUGCUGAUUACUCAGUCGAUAAAACCAGCCGAGGUGCAAGACUCAUAUACUCCACAGAUAGCGUUUUCCCAGCCGGGCUGAUUGGUGCUUGCUUUCCAAAACUUUGGAGGAAAGAGAGCAGGCUUGCUGACACUCAGAAGGAUUUGAUUUGUUGUUGGCAUUUAUUUUGUGGGGCAGUUUGUGGUACAGUGUAAGUCACUUGCUGUAGUGCUUUAAAACUCCAAUGUGGCUUUUCUUUAAAUACCAUUUUCAUGUUUCAUCUUCCUUCCUGUACUUUGAGUAUACCGAACCUUGAUUCUCUCUGAUCCAACUUAGCUUUUUUUUUUUUUUUGCACUAAUGCUCUCUAGUAAUCUAGUGUUCACAGGGUUUUUUCUACAUUACACUAAAAAGCGUGUUAAUGUAGGGCUAGACUGUUGAUAUGAAAUAGGAACAUAAGUUGUACUGUUACUAUGAAUUAAAAUGGCUUGAGGUGACAGAUCAGACUGCAAACUGAACUGAUUCUGAUUUUGAUUUGUCACUUAAAACAGGCUUUCUGUUCACUUAUUAGAGUAAAAUUAAAAUCUGACUUCCAAUGAAUGGGAAGAGUAAAAGUUGAUUUCUCCAAGCAGUAUGUCUUAAGUGCUCUCACUUCUGAUAUGGAGCAUUCAUUGUAACUUGUGGGUGGUGGUCUGUUUGUGGGGGUUUGGUUUUGUUUUUUACAUUGGAAUGAAAAGUUCAGUGUUUUCUCAUCCUAUUAAGACUGUGUGCAAGCUAAGCAAUAUCUUUUUCCUUCAAUGUGAUCUCAAAACAUUCUUUAUUGAGUCUUACAAAACUUAAGCUAUCCGUAAUACUGUUACGAAAAGUACAAGCUCCUGAGGCCACGUUCAGGUCAGUAUAUCAAACUUCUGAAGAAUUCAAAGACUGCAUUUUCCCAACUUUAUUGCACAUACUAAGAUGAGGGCAUGGGUGAAGUGGUCCUAAAUAAAUUUUACCUGCAACUUUUGUGGGGAACUACUGUGAUUCCCAAUAAAUAAGAGGGAUUUGUAGAAAACUUGUUUCCAGUUUUCAUGCAAGCUGGGGCAGGUAAUUUGAAGAGCAUCUGUUCCUCACAUACUGAGGUCCAUGGCUGAAAGAUUUUUCCUUACCUUGAGUUCAGGCACUUGUAGGAAUUUAAUGCAGUUUUGCAAAAAUUGAGCAAAAUUUGUAUCUAAAUCAAGCAAUGUUACUGUUACUCUUAAUAAAAGUCUGUUCUAUGACUGAA